ACGCCAGCUCGCCUCCUGCGAUUAUGCCACCCAAACACAAACGCCAAAGGAAGAAUCGUGACAGAAAGCUAGACCGUAUAAGUGGCAUAGCGGAGGUCGCUUCCCCAGAUGUUUUUUUGGGGGGCGCUAUUACCAUCUCGUCCGAGCUGGCGGAAUGGAUACAGGACAGCGAGGAGCAAGGACAGAGGGAGCUGUUGCAGAGCUGGGAGGGCUGCAAGCUCGCCGAACCGGCGGACUGGCUGGGAGACAGCGAGGAGCAGCGAGAGACAGACGCGCGGCAAAGCUGGGAAGGCUGCAGGCUCGCCAUCCGGCGGACGCCGUUUAGAGGUGAGGCAGCUGAGGGAAACAAGUUCCCACGCUCCGACGAGGAAGUACGGGCCAGGGAGGUCGGGUACAUCGGAGGCGGACGGGAACAAGAGCCCGAGGAGGAGCGAGGUAAAAAGGAGGAUGGGACCCGGGAACUGCUCAAGUUCUGGGCAGAGGUGAAUGGGGAGCGCAUUCGGGGCCUGCAGGAGCAGGUGGAACAGCUCCAACACCUGCUCAUCCGACUCCACGAGAGCCAAGCAACAGGCUCUGAGCCUCCUCCUUCUCGGCCUCUGCCCAAAACAGAGGACGACGUGCUUCCGCCACCUCCGCCUCUCUUCCUCGUUGAGGACGCGUUUCCUCCACCUCCACCGCCGCUGCUCGGCGUAGAGGAUGACGCAGCGCUGCUGAACAGCGACGACGACGCGUUUCCUCCUCCACCGCAGCGUGAAAGUGGGGAGACAAGGAGCAGCCUGGAGAGCAUCGUCCCUCCUCCGCCUCCCGGCUUUGAGGACGUCGCCCCCGCUCCACAGCAGCCCUGUGUAGCGCACGUCGCUCCAGCUCCUCAGCCCGGCGGCGAGGACGGCAUGCUUCUUCCUCCGCCUCCCGGCUUUGAGGACGCCGCUCCAGCUCCGCCGCCGCCGCCCAGCUCAGCGCACGCCGCUCCAGCUCCGCCGUCGCCCAGGAAACUGGGCGGAAACUGUGGGAGGAAACUGGAGAAAUGUAGGAAACCCACCAAGCAUAGGGAGAACAACGCGCACACAGACCCAAGGAACUGUGGAGGCCAGUGGUACCGAUUGUAUUUAUUCCCAUUUUUAUGACCAUUGUA